AUGACAAGCUAUGCCCUUGGCGCCAAAGCCGGGCCUUGGGAUUUCUGCUCAACAUGCGGCUGUCACAUCGCCUCGACCGGGCCACCUGAGAAUGAGUACUGGACGGUUUCCACAUCCAUCUUCAUAGAUAGUGCAGACUAUUUUGAUACGAGCAAGCACAUUUUCAGCGAGUCCACCAAGGACGGGGGCAUCGCCGAGAUGUUGACACAUAUGAAAGGAAAAGACUUCAUUGAUUGGAAUCCUCCGCAGGAUAGUCCCGAGGCCAAGAUUGUUGAAUCGCAACCGGAAGUUGGAGAAAACGGCGAGGAGCGUCUUCGGGUCGAGUGCCAAUGCAAGGGAGUAUCAUUUACCAUCCCUCGCCCGAGUCAGGAUAUCAAAAAAGACAAAUACUACUCCCAGUUCGUUUCUCACAGAGACAACAAAAAGUGGUUGGCCACUUUCGACGCAUGCGAUGACUGCCGGUUAAGCAACGGAACUCACGUGGUUGGGUGGAUGUUCAUCCCUCUGACAGUCUGUGAACCCCGUAUCAAAGAUGAUCUUCUCAUCGGCACAGCCAAGACAUUCAAAUCAUCAGACAACGUUGUACGAUCGUUCUGCGGUACUUGCGGUGCCACAAUCUUCUUUUCUCAUAGCCAUCGAAGGCCAUCGGAUGACCAUCAUGUCGUUGAUUUGGCCACAGGCAUCAUCAGAGCGCCUGAAGGCGUGAUGGCAGAGAAUUGGCUCACUUGGCGGGCACGAAUAGCCUGGGCUGACAGUGGAAAGAGAUUUAACAACGCCUUUAUCGAAACAUUCCAAGAGGGUCUAAACAAGUGGGUGUUGAAGAGAGAGGGUGAGAUUGAGGAUUAUAACAUCGGGUGA